AUGCCUGCAAUGCCAUACCAGGCAUCGCAGAUCCCCGCCAACACUGCCAACACGCAGACGCACACCACUGUCACCGAACCGCACGAGACACCAAAUGACCAACGACCUAAAAAUGACAUUAUACUAACGAAAGAAGUCAUCCAGCAAUUGAUAAAGGACGCCAAAGUGUUGAUAACACAAGUUGUAUUCUCAAGGAAUGCGAUGGUGUACUCUAGAAAGAAAAAGAAGGACAUCGUUGAUAAGGCCAUUACUGACUCAGUCCCACAGUUUUACGGGCCAGAUGCUGUAUUCCAGACUUUCAUCACGAAUGUGCACCGUAAACAGGUCGCAAAUGCCUUUUCUGCUAAACGUGGAAAAAUGAUCGAUUUUGCGCAGGAUGGCACUUGCGAUGCGUUCCAACUUUUGCCCCCGCAAGGACACACCUUACCAGCAGACCAGUAUCACAUUGCCAGGGUCAGCCUCAUUAUUUGGGGUGCUGACCCUCUUCUGUUCAUGCACGACUUUUAUUUCGACGAGAACAAUAAUAUAUUCGUACGCGCAAGAUUCAAGAGCAGAUUCGUUAUGGCCAAUGUGAUCAGGUUCAUAUGGUAUUGGAGCAAUGCAUCAUUUCUUGACACGUCCUUGCUCAAGACUAUCAAGAACGUCGUAGGUGUAGCUGGCGCAGCUACGUACUGUGCGUUGUAUGAACAAGGAAUGGCGCAGUUGGACAUAGACCCGUUUGGUGGAAAAGCUCACCAUGACAAGUUCAAAGAAAUUGUUCGUGCAUUCAAUGGACUUACUGGUGCAGAGAAGACUGACUUGGAGCAGCAUUUCCGGUAUAUAUUAGAAAUUGGACCUUCGCAAGCACGGGGCCAGAGCUCGUUGGCAUCAGACUCAGAGAUGAGUGAUUCGAUGUAG